UCGGGAGCAGACGGCUCAGUGAACGCUGUGACUCCAGAUAGUGCACAGCCUAGCAGUGCCCCGCGUCUCCCACACCAUCCCACACACACACACGCACACUCUCUCUCUCUUUCCCUCUCUCCUCCUCCCGCUGUGUACCCGGCGCGUGUGUUUUGCUUCUGAGUGCGUGCUUUCGUCUAUUCCUGGUUUGGCUAUGCUACUACACCAAUCUGUGUUGUGAUUUUAUACACACAAUUAUUGUUUUCAACUUGUUGAAGAUAUCACUAGGAAAGGUAAAGUUCAGGAAACUGUCGUGCUCUGUAUUACUUGAUAUGAAAGGGAGUGCUCUGUAGCGGACGUUCCGACUUGAUGUGUCUCACGGUUGGUCGUGGUACAUAGACCAUUCCUCUUGGGUGCGGUGAGGCGGAGGCUGCUGCUGCUGCCCGCCCUGGCCCGGCUACAAGUCUAUCCUUCCCCAAUAGUACCCAUCCUAGCUCUGCCUCGAUCUAGCGGCCGCGUGUGUGUCUUCCCCGGCAGAUUGUCGACUGUGAGUACUGAGGGGCAGGCGAGUGGUUGGUGCUAUUCACUCGCGGGACCGCCUGGAAACACUGGGAACCCUGACCCCUUCUGAGCGACCUUCUGCUCGAGUCAGGAACGUGACCUGUCCCACUUAUUCACCCUUCCUUUUAGUGAACGUGAGUUUAAAAGGACACACAAGUUUUAGGAGAGCUCCUGGUCUCAAAGGUUCUUUGUUAACAUCACGUUUGUGUAUGUCGUGAAGUGGAGAGUUAGUGGCGGCGGGCCCGUGUGCCUGGUGUGCGAGAUAGCAUUGAGUGUGCAGUGUUCCCGCCUUCCUUCCCAAGGCUCGGUGCCACCAUCUUGGAGUCGCGUACAUAACUUGUUGGAAAAGAAAAGCGGUUCUUUUUUAAGUUUGAUAAAAUUCUCUGUGAAUUUCGCAUCGAAAAUCGUCACUCAACAGCACAAUGCUGAUCAACAUGGCUGCGUAUCAUAAUGCCCUCAUCGACACUUCUUACCCGCCCCAUCAUCUGCCCGCCAUCAAUGGAGUGGGUGUCAAUGGUGUGUCCGCUGCCCACCUCAAUGGUCAUGCUGGCGGCCCGCUCAGCCACACUGGGAGCCCAGGCAGCGGCCACCAGCCAGCCAGCGGACACCAGCACCCACCCCAGCAGUCACAACAGCAACAGCAGCAACAGCAACAACAACAGUCCCAGCACCACCACCAACAACUUGUGGCCUCUCUCAGCCACCCGGGCCAUCAGCACCACGCCGCCUCACCCCCGCACAAGGAGCAUGACGCCAUCAAACUCUUCAUCGGUCAAAUUCCCAGGCACAUGGAGGAGAAGGAUCUGCGUCCGCUUUUUGAUGAGUUCGGCAAGAUCUAUGAGUUUACUGUGCUCAAGGACAAACUCACCGGCAUGCACAAAGGGUGCGCGUUCCUCACCUACUCCACGCGAGAGGCCGCACUCAACGCACAGAACGCACUACACGAGAAACGCACUCUUCCUGGGGUGAGUACCGCUUUCCCAACCUGUAAGAGGCUCCUUUGGGCUUCAUGUUUUCUCUUGCUUCACUCCUUGACUGUGGACGUGUUUCUGAAGCGGCGUUCAUCAAGGAUUAACGUGCAUCAGUCUCUGUAA